CACUCGUUCCUCCUCGCUCAUCCCCCUCUUUAUUGAUUCCGCCUCCUCUUCCCAACCCUUUCCCGUGCCACCGUCACGAACCCUCACACCGCACCCCCAAAAGCUAGGUUUUUAGCCGCCGCCCUUCUCCCCCCCUCGCCGCGGCGGCCGCACGCACCGACCUCCUCACCGCCGACCACUCCCGCGUCCUCUCCGCGCCAGAUCGUUGUUUAUGAGCUCGAAGGAGAAGCCCACUCUUGGAGGCACGCGGAUUAAGACCCGCAAGCGGAACAUCGCAGCUCCUUUGGACCCUGCAUCAUUCUCUGAUGCAAUUGUCCAGAUUUAUCUGGAUAAUGGUGGAGAUCUGGAACUUGUCGCCAAAAGUAUCGAGUCCUCAGAUCUCAACUUCUCACGUUACGGUGACACCUUUUUUGAGGUUGUUUUCGUUGGAGGUCGCACUCAGCCUGGCACAAUAAAACCUGAAGAAGAAGGAGAGCGCCACCCAUAUUCUGUGCUAGAUUGUGCAGCACAGCGUGAAGCAAUUUUGCCUUUUGUCCUCUAUAUUCAGAAAACAUUACGCAGGAGGCCUUUCCUAAUAAAGAACCUUGAAAAUGUUAUGCGCAAAUUCCUCCAAUCCUUGGAGUUCUGUGAGGAAAAUGAGAGGAAGAAACUUGCCAUUUUCACAGCACUUGCAUUUUCUCAGAAGUUGUCAGGGCUUCCACCUGAGACUGUAUUCCAGCCAUUGCUCAAGGAUAAUCUUGUUACCAAAGGGAUAGUGCUUUCAUUCAUUACUGAGUUUUUCAAGGAAUAUCUAAAAGAGAACACUUUGGAUGAUCUAAUCGCACUUUUGAAGAAAGGCAAAAUGGAGGACAAUUUGCUGGAGUUUUUCCCUUCAACAAAGAGGUCUUCUGAGGCUUUAUCUGAGCAUUUCACCAAAGAAGGUUUGACUAGCCUUGUUGAGUACAAUGAAAAGAAAAUGUUUGAAGUUAAACUUAAGGAGAUAAAGUCAACACUGACUACCAUGAUCAAUGAAGAGACUGAAAUAUCUGAAGUCAUUGAGAUUGUCAAGCAACAAGUUAAAGAUGCUAAAUUUCCUGAUAUAGAGGUUAUCCGCAUGCUGUGGGAUGUGCUUAUGGAGGCUGUUCAGUGGUCGGGAAAGAACCAGCAGCAGAAUUCUAAUUCAGCACUUCGGCAGGUGAAAGCGUGGGCUGGUCUUUUAAAUGCUUUUUGCACAAGUGGCAAACUAGAACUCGAACUUAUAUACAAGGUUCAGACACAGUGCUAUGAGGAUGCUAAGCUGAUGAAGCUGUUUCCUGAAAUUAUAAGAACACUGUAUGACCAAGAUGUCCUAGCUGAAGAUACUGUCCUCCUUUGGUUCCGUAAAGGUUCGAACCAAAAGGGCAGGCAAUCUUUCGUGAAAGCUCUGGAGCCUUUUGUCAAAUGGCUCGAGGAGGCUGAGGAGGAAGAAUAAGUUGUUGCCAAAGAUUGUUCAGAUGCUGCCUGAAGUAUUUCCUUAUAUUUCCAGGGUUUGAAGUUUGUGGAAGAAGUAUGUAUCUUUUGCUGCUUGUCACUGGCAGAGAAUUUUAUGAUCACAUGUUGAAGCCGUCUGGCUCUGUUCUACUGAAUACUAUAAUAUGAAGUCGUGUCAACUUUGUUGUUCCAGGAUUUAUUGAACGUUGGUUAUCGUUACUGAAAUGAAUGUUCCAGAUAUUACUUCACGUUA